GAAGCCUCUAUGAUUACGUAGUCCCAUGAAGCUUCAAUUAUGUGCAGUUGGAUCCUCCUCGAUCUCGCUCUAUUCAUUUCUCUCUAGAUAUCAAUCAGCUUGACUUCUCAUACAUUCAAUGGCAGUAGGUGGAUCGACUAGGUGUUUCACCUUGUGGUUAUGGGUGUUGAUGGUGUCGGCCUUUGAUCUUGUUGACGCGAAGCCGGGGAAGCGUGGGUGUGUUCCUUCUUCCUGUGGCCAUAUCCACAACAUAAGCUACCCUUUUCGACUGAAAGAUGAUCCACAGCACUGUGGCGAGUCUUUGUAUACUCUAUAUUGUGAGAAUAACGUUACAAUAUUACACCUGCAGAGGCUACACUUACCAUCUGCUAAAUUCUACGUUCAGGCAAUCAACUACAAUAACCGUACAAUCCGGGCAGUAGAUCCUGGCAUUCAGAAAGACAAUUGCUCCUCUAUUCCUAGUUAUCCUAUUUCCGGUACUGUGAUCAACGAAAAUCCAUAUUUUGUACCCGAAGAAACAUUUCCUCUAUAUUUUCUGAAGUGUAGGAAUUCAGUCAAUUCUUUUCUGUAUGUGGACACUGCCCCGUGCUUUAAUGAUAUGGAAGCUACGUCGUCUUCCCAGCCAAAAACGUAUGGCUAUGUCAAAGUUAAGGAGGUAGAAAUGGGGGAUUUGAAGGCGGGAUGCAGCAUAGAGCGAAUGACUUUGGUCUUCUUGUCUGAAGAUUGGGAUGCUUCUUAUAAAUACAUACACAAUGCUCUGGUGUAUGGUUUUGAGCUGAGGUUUUAUUAUGAAAUUCCUUUCUUCUGCGGAGGCCAAUGGAGCAUUAGCUAUAUAUGUUAUCCACGCAACUUCCCAGGCACCUUUCGAUUUCUAUGGCGGCUGAUUCACGGUUUUUUUUCUUUUAAAAAACCGGCGAAUGUGGAUAUUCUAGGCCGUUAUAUUGAUGUUCGAACCGUCAUACUAUUCUGCGGUGGACUAUUACUUCUAGGAAGAUUUAUGUUUGGGGCCCCAACUUUAAUGGUGUUUUUGAUCCAUAAAUGGCGACGAAGACAUUUAUCUAUGUACAACACAAUAGAAGAGUUUCUACAUGCUGAAAACAACCUUGUGCCCAUAAGGUAUUCUUAUUCAGAUAUCAAGAAGAUGUCCAACAAGUUCAAAGACAAGCUAGGUGAGGGGGGUUAUGGUUGUGUAUUUAAGGGAAAAUUACGAAGUGGUCGCUCUGGAGCAAUCAAGAUGUUGGGCAAAUCCAAAGCUAAUGGAGAAGAGUUCAUUAGUGAAGUAGCUACCAUUGGGAGAAUUCACCAUGUCAAUGUGGUGAAACUUAUUGGUUAUUGUGUUGAGGGAACAAAAAGAGCUUUAGUAUACGAGUUCAUGCCUAAUGGGUCUCUUGAUAAAUAUAUUUUUUCUAAAGAAGGGAGUAUCUCAUUAACCUUUAAGCAGAUAUAUGAGAUUUCUCUAGGAGUGGCACGAGGUAUCGAGUAUCUACACCAAGGGUGUGAAAUGCAAAUUUUGCAUUUUGAUAUAAAGCCUCACAACAUUCUUCUUGAUCAGAAUUUUAUUCCAAAAAUUUCUGAUUUUGGACUUGCAAAAUUAUAUCCAACGGAUAAUAGUAUUGUCUCUUUGACAGCAGCAAGGGGAACAUUGGGAUACAUUGCUCCCGAGUUGUUCUAUAAAAAUAUUGGAGGCGUCUCAUACAAGGCUGAUGUUUAUAGUUUUGGAAUGUUGCUAAUGGAAAUGGCAAGCAAGCGGAAGAAUUUAAAUGCAGUGGUAGAGCACCCAAGCCAAAUUUACUUUCCAUCAUGGGUGUACGAUCAAUUCAGUGUAGGAAAAGAUCAUUUAGAGAUGGUUGAUGUAACAGAAGAGGAAAGAAUGAUAAUCAAGAAGAUGGUCAUAACAGCCUUAUGGUGUAUACAACUGAAACCAAGUCAGCGGCCAUCAAUGGACAAAGUUAUAGAGAUGCUCGUCGGAGACAUUGAAUGCCUUCAAAUGCCUGCCAAGCCGUCUCUAAACCCACAUGAAAACUCCUAGGAGUGAUGUGCAAGAUACUAACUUAUCCAACAUGAUCCGGUGUGCAGCUAACAUCAAAGUUGUCAGCUAGGUGAUAGUCAAGGUUCUGUCGAUUUCAAUGUCAAGUUUAACGGUUGUUCUUCUGUUCUUUUACAAUUUGGCCCUAAUUUACUAUUUUCACACUGAAACAUUAUAGUUUUACUUUCUCAUUGAAAGCCAAAAUAUUGUGUUUGAGUAACUAUAGUGUUCUUAUGAUUAGAAAUUUCAUGAAUAAAAAUAUUAUCUGCUUGCAAGUGUUAUGACAUUUUGAUAUGCUAUGAUAUUUUGAGUUCAUCGUGGAACUCUGGUUGAGUUGGUGAAGCCGGGAAAGAAAGCAAGUUUGAUAGAAAUACUUAAAACUUUUGUCCAUUGGAAAUGGUGGAGGAUUUUGUUUUACCAAUGUCUCAUCGUAAGAAGAAGAGAGCUAGGUAGAUCUAAGGGAAAGAAGAAUAAGGUAAAGGUUGCAGGUGGUCAGCUGAAACCUCUACUUAAAAUCUAAGGCUCGCAUGAUGCGAGUUCCUCAUAAGUUGGAGCUAACUGAAGCAACUUAGGAAACAAGGACUCCUAAUUUUGCUGGAAAUGAAGACUGAAAAAAUCCAAGGAUCCUCUCCUUCUAUAGUUGGAGCAUGCAUCUACUCAAACUUGAGGUACUCGACAAGAGCACCCACAUUUUCUGUGCUUCCUUUCUCAUAGGUUGUGUAUGAUAGUUUUAAAUGUGCUUCAGGGCAAAAUAAAAAUGUUACUAUUGCUAUGGUUGUUGGAGCUGGUUGUGGGCUUCGGGCUUUUAGUGUUU